AUGUCAAACGUCACGAAAAUUGAACUCGAUGAGGAAAAAACAACGACCCCUACUUCUGAUACUCCUAGCCAAACUAAAAAUGGAAACUCCAUAGAGACUGAGGGAAAUAAAAAGGAUGAAAAUACGACAACUGACAAUACAAAUAGUAACGAGAACAUAAAUAAGGAAAAUUCGACUAAUGAAAAAUCUCACGAUGCAACUAAUAGCAAUAAAACUAUAGACUCAUCAAAUAAUAGCACGAACAACAACAUAUCCUUGCACGAACCCUUACAAAACGCAUCACUUGGCGACAGCAAUCCCACACUUCCACCGAACCAAACCAGCACAUGGAUCUACUCAAUACUAGUGAUCACAGUCGGCAUAAUCCUUCUACUAUCAUGCCUAGUACAUCGAAAAUCAAAACGCAAACAACGACGUGGUGGUCGUUCACACGCAGAUCUCGAUGAAUGGAAUCGACCCGGAAGAUAUAAUGAAGUCGAUUAUCAGGACGUCGAGAUGCAGGAUUGGAGUGAGAGUGAUCGUGAGGGAGAUACCGAGGGCAAUGAAUAUUUGACAGUGGAUACUGAAGGAUCAAAUGAUUAUCAUAAUAGUAUGAAUUUUGAUGUCGUGCUUUAUAAGGAUGAAUCGGGAGACGAAGAAUCAUCUGAAAACAUUGGUCAUGUUUAUGAUAAUAAUUGA